AUGCGACGGCCAUCAGAGGUGUAUGCGGACCGCCAGCGUGCAUCAUACGAGGCGCUGCAGUUCGUGUCGGGCCUCUCCACCGUCUUCUCUCCCACCGUCAGUCCCCUCCCCUCUCCGCCCUCGCUUCCCCUCUCCGCCCUCGCUUCCCCUCUCCGCCCUCGCUUCCCCUCUCCGCCCUCGCUUCCCCUCUCCGCCCUCGCUUCCCCUCUCCGCCCUCGCUUCCCAUCUCCGCCCUCGCUUCCCCUCUCCGCCCUCGGACGAGCGGCGCUGAGUGUGGCGAGGGCGCGCAUGGAGGGCUUCCAGCAGGACUGGGGGCUCUCGCUGCAAGCUGACACUGUGCUCAGGGCGGCGUGGCAGCAGGGUGGCAUCAUAGUGGCGGGACCGGGCAUCGACAACCUGCUCUUCCUGCACAAGGACAAGGAGGCGGGCGAUGAGCCGGAUGUGCGCGACAUCAUUGCUGCCGCCCGCCUACCCCUGCCGUGA